UUGAGCAUUUUCUGUGGCAAGCGGUGAGGGAGGGGGCUGCGGGAAAGCGCAGGAAGGGAAGCGUCUGGGAGGCUGCUGCCUUGUGAACCGCCGCUGCUCCCCAAAUUCCCUCUGUCGGGGGAGCCUUUCGCCCUCUUCCUGAACAGCUGGCUUUGGAGUCCAGGUGUGCGUGGUGGGUCCAGGUGCCCUGUCCGGCUUGGCCAGCUCUUCCUCCUGGCUCUGGGGAGGGGGCUGCUUUUGGAGCCUGGCUGCCGUGGUGAAGGUGCCUCUGCCUCCAUUCGUGGGCAACUCUUUCAGCGGCAGCUGCAUCUUGGAGCUCCAGGCCCCGCAAGCCAUGUUCCGGAUCAAGCUGGAGCCUUUAAAAAUGAGCGCCUGGGCUAUGAAUGUGUUUGUGAAGUUUCGGAAUAAAGAGUCUGCGGCGGCGGCCGGGACCGUCUCCACCACCAACAUGGGGAAGGACUACUACAAAGCGCUGGGGAUCCAGUCCGGAGCCAACGAAGACGAGAUCAAGAAGGCCUAUCGGAAGAUGGCCUUGAAGUACCACCCGGACAAGAACAAGGACCCCAACGCGGAGGAGAAGUUCAAGGAGAUUGCGGAGGCCUACGAUGUGCUGAGCGACCCCAAGAAGCGGGCCGUCUAUGACCAGUACGGGGAAGAAGGGCUCAAAACCGGUGGUGGCUCAUCGGGCACCUCUGGGAACACCUUCCACUACACCUUCCACGGAGACCCUCAUGCCACCUUCGCCUCCUUCUUUGGGGGCUCCAACCCCUUCGACAUCUUCUUCACCAGCGGCCGCUCACGGGUCUUCAACGGCUUCGACCACGACGACAUGGACAUCGACGAUGACGACGGUGGUGACCCCUUCAGUGCCUUUGGCCGGUUUGGCUUCAACGGGCUCAACGGCGUCCACCGCCGGCACCCGGAGCCCAUCCACAUGCGCCGGAAGGUGCAGGAUCCUCCCGUGGUCCACGAGCUGAAGGUGUCCCUGGAGGAGAUCUACCACGGGGCCACCAAGCGCAUGAAGAUCACCCGCCGGCGGCUGAACCCGGACGGCCGGACCAUGCGGACGGAGGACAAGAUCCUGAACAUCGUCAUCAAGCGCGGCUGGAAGGAGGGCACCAAGAUCACCUUCCCCAAGGAAGGAGACGCCACUCCCGACAACAUCCCCGCCGACAUCGUCUUCAUCCUGAAGGACAAGCCGCACUCGCUCUUCCGGAGGGACGGGACAAACAUCAUCUACACGGCCAUGAUCAGUCUGAAAGAGGCCUUGUGCGGCUGCACCGUCAACAUUCCCACCGUGGACGGGCGCGUCAUCCCGCUGCCCUGCAACGACAUCAUCAAGCCGGGCACCGUGAAGAGACUGCGUGGCGAGGGGCUGCCCUUCCCCAAGGUGCCCACCCAGCGCGGGGACUUGAUCGUAGAGUUCAAAGUCCGCUUCCCGGACAGAAUAGCCCCCCAGACCCGGCAGAUCCUCAAGCAGCACCUCCCCUGCUCUUAGGCCCCCCCUCCGGGCUGGACGGCCCCCCGGCCUCUCUGCCAGGCCGGCCACCUUGCCUUCCGAGCAGCAAUACUUCACGCACGGGUGCUGCGGUCCACUCGACCUUCGCGAUGCACGGGGAGGGGGAAGCGCCCUGGCUGCCCACCCACGUCCUCCUUUUCCAAGAGACGCUCUGACCUGGCUUGUGUGCGCGCUCCCUCUUUUGCCCCAUGGCCCGGCUGGCACCCACCCACCCGCUCUCUCCCCCUCUCCCUCCCUCUUGAGCCUGGCACAAGCCUCAAGACCCCUCUCGCCGCUCCUGGAGGGUUUCUACCGGGCAGUUUGACAAGCAGCCGGCUGUC